AUGUCUUUGCGGCCAAAAGUAGCACCUUACCGUUCCAUGCCACAUCCAAUGGCGGCAAUCCUUCGUACAGAAAUAACACCGACUCCUGAUGAUCUUCCUCCGUCACCGACGGAGGAGUUUGAUGUGCUAGAUGCAUCUGAUUCGGAAACAGACAAAGAGUGUAUUGUGCUUUUUCGAUUGUUUCCCUUUCAGCUACGUUUCUACACAUCCCGUUAUGCUGACGGUGCAUACCUGACAGCUACCAAGGAGCUUCCAACCAGCCGAAAGUUCAGAUCAUUAUGGUUUUCCGUCGGCGCGUUUGCAGCGCUUGUUUGUCUUGUUGGGAUCUCCAUGUAUCUGACACAUCUACUUUAUCGAGGUUUGUUUCAUGUUUCUUUCCUAAUGUCUUUGCGGCCAAAGGUAGCACCAUACCGUUCCAUGCCACACCCAAUGGCGGCAAUACUCCGUACAGAAGUGACACCGACUCCUGAUGAUCUUCCUCCAUCACCGACGGAGGAGUUUGAUGUGCUGGAUGCAUCUGAUUCGGAAACAGGUCUUGUGCCGAUCAUACCCGGAGUAAACUUACCAUGGAGUCAUAUACCUAUAUUUAUGAUUGUUUUGGCUGCAGCAGCUAUCAUACAUGAGCUAUUAUACACGAGGUUUGCUACAGCUCUGUUUUUCUCGCUUUUUUACCACCUUUUUUGUAUGAUAAUAUAUUUGAUUCAGAAUUGUACUUUUUUCCACAUUCAGCUCGGCCAUUCAUCAGCAGCAAAAACUUACAAUGUACGUGUUAAUGGUUUUGGAAUAUUCUUAUUAGGAUUAUAUCCAGGAGCGUUUACUGAUAUUGAUCCAGAAUCUUUACGGCGCAGUCAUCCUCGCCAUCGUCUUGAAAUAUUCGGAGGUGGUAUUUGGCACAAUCUUAUACUAGCCGGUAUUGCAUAUCUAAUGUUUCUAUGGACCCCAUACUUUCUGUCUCCAUUUUUCGCGCAAGGCAAUGGUGUGACCGUAACAGGUGUUGAUUCACGUUCUGGUUUAUAUGGUGUUGGUGGCUUGUCAGAAGGAAACGUUGUUUUGUCUAUUGAUGAUUGUGCGAUACGAAAACAAGAAGAUUGGCGGAAAUGUGUGCGACAUCUGGAAAAGGAAAAACACGGGCAGUGCGUUCCUCGUUCUGCAGUGGAAGCAUCUCUGGCGACUAAAGUGGGCAGACUUGUUUGUUUAUCUUUGCUCUGUUUACGCGCUGAGUAA